AGCGGUGUGAGGGCCACCCAGUCGUCUCCCAAACACGACCGUCCCCCAUGGCUGCAGUCGACCCUCUUCCUGCAGUCCCGCCAUCUCCGUCGGCCGCCAUGGUCGACUUCCCCUCGUCCUCCGAGCUCUCCGCGAGCCAGUCCGACAUUCGUUACCAGCGCGCCCAACACCUCCCCUUCCGCCGCAUCUCCCUCCCCUCUGCCCCCAACCUCCUCCAACGCCAGUCUGUCGUCAGUACCGCCUCCUUCGACUCGCUCCCUGAGGAGAACAGCCCGCCCGGGCCCGCCGUGUCCCCGACCACACCCACCGUAAUAAGGAACGCGACGCGGUCCCCAGCGCGCAGACCCUCGUCGGUGGACGUCGCGCGUAAGGCACGGCGCCGGAGCCAGAUGCGUCCGAUUGACGAGCAGAGAGAAGCGAAACGGCGGAAGGUCAUCAACGAGUUCCAUGAGACAGAGAAGUCGUAUGUGGAUGGGUUGGAGCUCAUAUAUUCGCACUUCCUGACGCCCAUCAUCGCGUCGCUGGACACACCACAGCAGCUCCUCGACCGGAACGAGCUCACGUCCAUAUUCUCCAACUUCAUCGACAUCUGGAACCUCCACCGCUCCUUCUAUACCUCCCUCACCACCUUCCUCGACAGCUCCUCGUCGUCACAAGCCGAAGAGUCAGCGCCGCCCUUGUCCCCGGUGCUUCUCUCCCACUUCCCCUACCUGUCACUGUACACACCGUUCGUCUCAUCCUUUCCAGAUAGCCUCGCCUCGUAUACCGCUCUGCUCAAUAGCCACCCUACAUUUGCGGUCUUCAUCGCCCAGCAAGAAGCCGAUCCCCGCUGCGGGAAACUCAAGUUCCGAGACUGGCUACUGACGAUCGUGCAGAGAUGUCCGCGGUACUUGUUACUCCUCAAGGACCUCAUCGGCUGCACAGACCACGAAGAUCCAGAGUACGCACAGCUGGCAGCCGUGCACACUCUCGUCUCGAAGAUCACGUCCUCCCUCAAUGCGUCCCUGCACACGCACGCCCAGACCCUCGCGCUCCUCGCGCUCCAGCGGAACACCGCGAACCUGCCCUUCAAGCUCAUCACGCCGGGGCGCACCUUCCUCAGGCGCGCGCCGCUCCUGCAGCUCGAGGGCUCCCUCGCGAAGGAGCGUGAGUUCCUGCUCUUCUCCGACUGCCUCCUCUGGCUCGCGAGCGCAGACGGCGAAGUGGCCUACGGCGGGUGGGGCGGCGAGCCCUCGCCGACCUCCCCCGCCUCCCCCGCACGCCCGCCGCUUAUCCGCACGCGCAGCAAGAGCGACGCGGACAUGGCUGGCGCGGCGGAGGCGAUCAAGCGCAAGGAGAGUGUGCUCAAGUUUAGGCUGCAUGCGAGCCCCGCGAAGAAGAAGGCGAGGCAUGCAAGUAGCGGGACCGACGAGAGGUGGGUUUACAAGGGGUAUGUGGAUCUGGUGGACAUGGAAGUCGUGGUGCCCCCUGCAAGAGAGUUCGGUGAUGAAAGGCGGCUGGAGGUCUUGAGCCCGCAGCAGUCGUUUGCUGUGUAUGCCGCGAACGAGGAGGAACGGGACGACUGGUGCGCAGCCAUACGGAACGCCAAAAGCUCACUCCUUGUCUCGCUGAACGUCAUGCAGCCCAACUCGACGCUCACGUCAUCAUCCUCGACGAACCACUUACGGCGUACGCUGCAGGCACUGCCAUACUCGCCUGAAGAGAACGGGUUGAAGCCCAAGAGGGGGCGCGUCGAUCACUUCGUACCAGCGAUUUGGAUACCAGACGGCAAGGCGCAGAGCUGCAUGAGAUGUGGGCGGACGUUUGGCUGGCGGAGACGAAGGCAUCAUUGUCGGCUGUGUGGCAGAUGUGUCUGCGGGAGUUGUUCCGGCAAGACCUUCUUUAUUUUGGAUGACGGCGGCGGCAAGGACAGCAAGGACUCACACAAGCCCGCACGCGCAUGCGACGCCUGUUACGAGACCGUGUUCCCUGUCUUUGACUCCUACCACACAUCCUCAUCUCUUCAUGGCGUCGGCGCCGGCACGACGCAUUCGCACCUGACACUCUCCGGGCUCAAGAGCAUGCCCUCGCUCGUGCUCGGCGACCACCGUCUCUCGUCCCCCGCUGCACUCCUCGCCGUCGACCUCGAGCUCGAGAGCCCAAAGCGCGUGCUCACGCGGAUCGAGGACGAGUCUGUCUACGGAGGCGCAGACGCAGGGGAGGGUAUGGACGACACGGACGGGGCACCCGCCGUGCCCGCAAUACGGAUCCGGCCCACAGCGCGCCCGCGCAGCUACGUGCAGAUCCUAGAGGACUUCCGGGAGCACGAGCACGGGACGCCGAGCCCGAGCCGGUCGCGCUUCGGCACGCCCGCGGGCGACGAGUCGCUACUCACGCUCGACUCGCCGCGGGACGGGCAGAUGCUGGAGGUGCCCGCGGACGACGGCGCGUCGCUCGCGACGACGGACUCGCCGCGCCGCGCGGGCUCGAGCCUCCCGCCGACGCCGCGGAAGGAGAACACGGCGCGCAGGCACAAGCGGUUUUCCCUCCCUGCGGUCGCGCUCCAGACGAGCCCCGUGACGGCGCGCCCGAACGUGGUCGGCGAGGGGAACUCGCGCCGGUUCUCGCUCGUGCUCGGGAGGGGUUCGAACGUGCAUGCGCAGGAGCCGAGCGGGUUCAAGGACGGGUUGGCGGCGGGGAAGCUGAGUGAGCUGUUGAGUCGGGUGAGGGGCUGAAUGCUGAGAUGAGGGGCUGAGGUUCGUUGUCAUGAUCAGGACAUCAUACGUGUCGUGGGUGUGCUGAGCUCGCGCCGAUGUUAUGCUUAUCGGGCAAGUCCUGGUGCCCUUGCUAAGUUGCUGAUUGCUCAUUUAAUUCUCGGAUAUUGGCAUGCCGAAUGUACCACCACCACAUCUUGCAACCGUGUAUUUGCAGCACAUGUCUCUUGCGCAUAUUCAUUCACAUGAAGCAUAUGGACUAUACAAUUCGUCGCCGCCCUAGUUGAUAGCUGCCCGCC